UCGGGCCGAUUACCUUCUCUGGGCAAGACACAUCCAUCUGCCGCUGGGUUUCUUUUUCACACAUCGCACCUGCCUUUCCCGACAAUGUCCUACCUGGCAUGUCCAUGACGAGAUUGUUCGAAGAGCUGUGGCGCAGUAGCGCCGAUGGUUUUUAUUGGAGCGUCAGGAUGAUCCCGAGGAAGACAUGCCAGCAGAAGUUAUCGACAGAAUGUCUCUUUCUCCACAUUCCCAGUCGCUAUCGACAUAUUUCAAUGACCUAGGGGAAAUUAUAGCAGACAAUUACUCAUCGCCUGCAGCUAGCGGCAAUCGACAGGGAUUGCCUUCCGGCAGUGAAACCCCCACGUACGAGGUCCUUGUCUUCAGAGAAGCGUCUGAGGUAGCGCGUCCCUUCCACGACGUGCUUAGUAGGGAUGGACCUUUGCCAACUGGUCUCGAUGAGAAUGGUGCCAUUGAUUCCCUGACUAAGCAGUUUACAAACAGGGAAUCAAUUUGUGCUCCUGGGUUUACAAUAUGUGAUCCACGUUCGAUACAGGCCUUUCAUCCGACAGUAGUUCCACAUGAACCUCAUGCUUCUCUUCCCGAGCAACACUGCCGUGUGCAUAAUCUCGGCAUCGAUGCGGUGAAUCCUUGUCGACAUAACAAGCCUUGAAGACUAUCUUGCGUUGCAUGCUCCUUAUGAACUGGAGUUCGACGAUCAGCCUGACGUAGCGGAGAAUCUCAAUGCCGCCUCUGAUGAAGUCGAAGCCGAAGUGGUAAACAUGGAUCCUUUGGAUUCUAUAGCAGCUGUGAAGAAGAAGGGGUG